UUAUUAUGAAUCGAUUUUAGAAAUGGGAAUUUUGCUUAGGGUAAUGUAAAAAGUGAUAAAAAAAUUAGUAUUUAUGAAAAUAGAGCUGAUAUAAAUGAAUAAAGGUAAAAGAAAUAUGAUGAAUAUUCUAAAUUGAAAAUGAAUGUAAAAACGACAGAGGAUGAUAAAAAUGAAAUAAUGAAAGAUAUUAAUAGAACUUAUUAGGAAAUGGGAUCAUUUCAUUUGGAAUAAAACAAAAACAUAAUGUGCAAUGUGUUAUUAUUAUGGUGUAGUUAAAGUUUAUCUUAUCGUCAAGGUAUUAAAAACAUUUAAAUGUUAGGAAUGAAUGAGAUUGUAGGAGUAAUAUUUUAUACACAUGUAUAAUCAUUUUAAGAUUGUCAAGAGUAAAAUGCAACCAAGAUAGAGAAUGAUAUUUAUUGGGUUUUUAAGACAAUAAUGGAUGAGGGAGAUCAUAAAUAAAAUUUUAAUUAUUCAUCUCAAAUGCCUAUAGAUAGAAUAUCUUUGAUAAGAUACAUAAAGGAUUUGACAAUGAAUAAAUUGAAAUAUGUUGAUGAAUAGUUAUUUUAAAUAUUUGAAUAGAAUCAAAUAAGUACAGAAAUAUUUUUGAUGAAAUGGAUUAAAGUAUGAUAUGAUUUAGAU